CAAUUUGUUGUGGCCUAACAUAUCAUAUUAAAUCGGUAAGUUUACGGGUUGCGGAAUGAAAAUGCCUGGUAGCGAAAUUCACGGACUGAAGAAUAAAAAUUCCAGAUAAAACAAUUCAUUACUUUCAGAUAAAUGACACUGCUUAACUAAUAUAUUAAUAUGGAACAAUUCGGUCAUAUUUUAAGGUAUUUUGAUUAAUUAAAUGUAUUAUAAACAAUGCAUUAAUUCAGUAAUCUUUAUUUCCGAUGUCCGAUUUUAUUAUGCUUUGAAUUCCAAUCAUAUAAUUAAUUUAUAAUAUUGCCUCAAGUAGAAAUGUCCUUGUAUGGUCUUUCUACGUAGUUCGGUCGAGUUUAAAAUGUUGAUUUACUCUACACUAUCAAGUCCACAGGAUAUUUUAACCAAACAAUGAUAAACACGGGUCCCGUAUGGAAGGUCUCGUGUCUGUACAACAACGCCGAACUCAACCGCUAUUAGAAGUUAAGUGUCUCCAGACAUACUGGUUCAUUUACACGAUUACUUUGGAAUACAUAUAAUCAAACCAUUUUAAAUUUGAUAAAAAUCCGCAUGUCUCGCUUGUCAAGUUUAUGUGACUACAUGCGAGCUAAACGUAUUAAAUGGAUCCUUACAUAUAUAUAUAUUAACUGCUUAUAUGGAUUAUUGUCGUACAUAUAGGUAUUUGAACAUAAACUUGAACAAGUAAUAAACCACAUUUGUGGUUAUGACAAUCUAAUCAAUUUCUUUGUGAAGCGGCAUUGUCCAGAUAAACAAAUAAUGUAUGUUGGUCUUUAAAAAUUAUCUCAUGAACCACAUGACAGCCUAAUUCGUUAAUAAUGAUAAGUUUGAAUCGGACGUAUCCACAAUGCCAUUGUCAUCUUAUUCUUUCUCAACUAUAAAAUAAAUAGACCCCAACAUGUAGUCAACCUCCCUUAAAAAAGCGUAGCGAAUUAUGCUCAAACUUUCACAAUUGAACGUUAUUUGUGAUAGCAAGCCCUUUUUAAUGUACUUGUGAAUUGCCUGUGUUACAAUAUGUUUCAUGUGGGCAUCACAGUUAUGUGUAUUUCAGAGUACCGGUAUAUACCGAAGUUCCUAUUCCAGUACCCUUUUUAUGCCCAAGUAAUCGUUUACAAUUGACCCACUGCCGACUCGCAAGAAAUGGGGACAAAUGUCAGAAUAUCCGCUUCAAAAGUUCAAAAUUAUGUGUAUUUGGUAUUUUGUUGUGCGUUGGGGACACUCGAGUUUGCGUAGGCAAGACCGCAAGUUGGAUACGAUUAGUAUAAACUAACUCUUAUUUAGACGCGAUGUGUAUAACUGUAAUACAUGCAUGUGCGGAAAGUGUUUUCCCAUAUAAGCCUGUGCAGUCUGAACUGGCUGAUCAGAGACGAAACUAUACGCUUUUACGCAAUUUUUGGUUUAAAGGAGGUCUGUUAUAAAAAACAAUCCAGUUUAGGCGGAAAGUAUCGUCCCAGCUGAUACUUAAGUCGCAUGCAUUAAACACAGUUUUCCCAGAACGAGGCUCACGUAGUCCCUAAAUAGUGUGUGUACUCAGCUUCUCUCAGACUGCGUAGCGGACUAGGCUCAAUAUGCACAACACAAUACAUUUGUAUUAAGUGUCGUCCCGAAUUAGCGCGUGAAAUGUGCACAGGCUAACCAGGGCUUAUAAUUUCCGCUUACAUUUAAUUUUGUGCAGAUCAGACCCUUUUUAACAAACAAUUCUAUAAAAGCGGAAUGUGUCUUUCCUAAUAGCCUGUUCGGUCUGCAAAAAUUAAGCUGUGAAGACAUGCGAAUGAAUUAAGCCCCGUUUUCACAGAGCGCGGCUAAUAUUUAACUUAAAGUUGUUGAGAGUACAUUUCGAGCACCAGCGUGUUGGUACCUCUGCAUCCGACUUGCAAUGGGUGCCUAGUGUUUGUUAUGUUGUCAGUUUCCGCUUACUUAACGAAGAACGAAGAAACCGAGAAAAUCUCUGUCACUAAAGACCUGAUUACUAGAACCGAGGCGUGUAUUGUUUCUUUGACAAUAGGCUGGGUUGAGUAAUAUGUGUGGGGUAUGGUAUCCUAGUGUCUGGAUAGAUUUGCGAUGCAGGAGAAAAAAACCGCAAAAGUUUUUUUUAUUAUUUAGCCUUGCUAUGUGAACAGGGUGUUUAAUUCAUGUGCGUAAAAUGUCGUAACAGAUUAGCGUGUGCAGUCCGAACAACCAAGGACGACACUUUCAGUCUUAACUGGAGUUUCGAUAUGAAGAAACUUUCUUUAAAGUAAACAAAAACAUAACAGCGGAAAGUUUCGUCUCUUAUUAGCCUGCGCGGACUGCUUAUGCUAAAUAAAUAUGGGACGACAAUUUACGCACACGCAUUAAACUCCCUUUCUCAAAGCAGAAUCUCAUUUUUCAGAACAUCUAGAGUUGAAGAAGUACCGUUACAUCAACACUUUGUUGACACAAGCUACGUGGAAAAAGCUUAAAUGUCAUCAUAGAGUGUUGAACUAGUUGGAUGGAAUAAUUUUGAAUUAUGCAAGUAGGCAAUAAUUACAAUGGAGACGCCGUCCCAAUAUUUAGUGUAAAGACACUUAACCGAUAGCACAUAUUAACUCUGCGCAUUUUCAUAAUAAGUAUGUUCCUGACGGAGUUGAGUUUUAAUCGUUUAAACCUGACACUAUUUUAUUACAAUCCAUUCAAUUGAAUGCCUGCGCCUUCAAAUACCGAAGAUAUCAAUAGAAAUCAUCAGACCAUUCAGGUUUAUUUCAAUAGAUUGUGUAUUGGUAUAUUUUUAAUUGAAGCAUUGGUUAUUAUACUUGAAGUAUUGGUUUAAAUGAUUUGUCAAUAAUGUGGAGACACGUGAAUCACUGCUAUUUAUUCAGGCAUUAAUUUGUUUGUUGUAUUAUUGAAUCAACUCUCAAGUUAAGGAAGCUAUCUGUAGAAGUUUAAACACAGUGUUGGCAGGGAAACUAGUGGAAGGCCUUAUUUGUGUCAGAAGAUCGUCGAAAAACAAGGGGUAUCAGAAACUUCAAUCAAUCAUUAAGGACGACAUCUAAAAACUCUUGAUUAAACUAGCUACGUGGCGGUCCACAUGCCAUAUCAAAACAAGUCGCGUGCGUUACUGCAGUUUUCAAACAUUCCGCGCCGAAGAACAACCUUACUGAUCGGUCAAGGACACGCACUGUAUGGAUGGCUGACAGUGGCACAAGACAUGAUGAACCGGAAAGAUUCCGAAGACAUGGCAGUGUGUCCAGCAAACAAGACCUGAUUCAGUGGGAAAAUGCCUCCGUUGAGACAUGCACUAUACUGAGCUUGCUCGGUUACGGACUGGAGAUCAUACAGGCUCGGAGAGACGCAUAUCGGGAGUUAGGCAAGCUGUUAACUGCAUGGGCAUGUGGAAUGUCAACGUUAAUUAUUACGGGUAGCAAAGCUGAGGGGCUGAGCAGCAUCUUGGAAAGUGAUCGGGAUCACAUGAUUAUACUUAAUAGAGUGAUCUGUUUAGAAGAUGAUGUAAAUUCAAGGGCCUUUCCUGGGGAGAUAACCGUUUUGAGAUCACUCAGCCACAGGAGUUACCAUGGUCACUGUAGACUGCUACUGGAGAGACGCGGUACAGCAAUUCUCAGGCAAGUAAAUGAUGCGUUUUGUGAUGACGGAUAUGGUCGCGAACUUUUGAGCAGUGACUUGUAUGUUAAUAACUGGUCGAACGUAGACUUUACUGAGGGCGAGGUGCUGCAUGAGCGUGCGGGACAGUGUACAGUGGGUGGAAUUUAUCACAUGGACUGUGUCCAUGCAUUACGUUACAACUGCCCCAACAUCCUGUCAAAAUGGGCCGCAAGACCUCGCCACUGGCCGCCACCGGAAGUCGUUCAGAGGGUCGUAUCACUUGGGGCAGUUCUUACGCCUGUUGGAUUUAAAGGAAGUGAACAUCAGCAUGUUGAAUGGCGAGUGUGUUUUAACGCCGGUGAGAUGGAACUAAUUAGCAAUCUUAAUGACACUCAAACUAAAUUGUAUGUUUUAUUGAAAAUGAUAAAGAACGAUGUAUUACAUCCACGUAAGAAAGAAGUUUCAUCGUACACAUUGAAAAACAUAGUUUUAUGGAUGGCGGAAAAUAAUUCUCAAGCCUCGUUUCAUAAAAAAAGUAUUUUGCAGUGGUUGCAUGAAGCAUUGGAUGCGCUUAGAGUUGCAUUGAUCACCUUAGAGCUACCAUACUAUAUGAUUCCAGAAAGGAAUUUGAUGGCAACCUCUGGACUGGAUGUGGAACAGCAACGCACAUGGAUAUCAACGAUUACAGAUAUGCUCAAUGAAGGUCCUAGGGUGAUACUCAGACUUCCAAAGAUACGACAAUGCAUCGUAGCUCAUCCUGAACCAUUACGAUGGUACAGCGGGAGGAGAAUUGAGCUGGAGUUGCUGAUGCUCAUGCGCAUGAACAGAGACUUAAUCUGUACGGAUGAGAACGGGGAGGUUGACUUUACCGAUGCGAUUUGGCAGGCAUUAGUGAGACGAAUGCAGGAGGUUGUAACGGAUGUUGGCGUGAGGAUGAGAAUGGAAGGGAGUCGAGUUAUCAACGCAAAGGCUAUUUUUGAUAGAAUUCUGAUGUAAAACGUUAAUGAUGAUCAAUAGAUCAGUAUCGAGGCGCGGACAACACGUAUUUAUAACUUUUGAGUACAUAUUAUAUUUAACGAAUCACCGAUCAUUGUUGCCAAGAACGUGAAAAUUAUACAACUUAUCGUAAUAGUGAUUUGUUCAGUAAUUGAUGUUUGACUUGCAGACGUUCGUUUCACUUUCUAAAAAUGUGCACAAUUUUACAAAAGAUGUGUUUACAGUAGGCUGAAAAAUUUACCGAAACAAUAAAUGUCGAUACAAUUAAUUGAAAAAUGUCAAUCGCAUAGAUGACAGUAGUUUGCAAAAUAAAGUUAUGUAAAGUAAUUUUACUAUAUUGUAUAUAUCUUAAUAAAAUAUGUAUGUAUCGCGCUUGGAAACCAGCGGUAUAAUUUCAAGUUAUGCAUAUAUUUCUUUUUAGAACUUAUAGUAGUAACUCAUUUUGUCGACGUAUGUAGAAAUGUGACUUUUGUUUAUUUGCGUAAGCAUGAUAGGAAAUAAAGUGUGUUUGUGUCAUUUGUAUCUCAUCUUCUUAUCUAAAUAUUCACUUGGUUUAUGGUUGGUAUUGUUAACGCAUUUGCACUGAAUGUAUAUAUGUGUUACUGACAGUUACUGAAAGUCCACUGGUAUUGUUGUAAUUGCUGUAAAUGUAUCGAUAAUAUUCUUGUUUUCCUUGUUGAGUAGAAACAUUGUUGUGAUUUGUAAUAUUGAUCAAAAAGUAUUGAACACAUUGUUGCAUUUAUCGAUAAAAAUGGUGCAUAUCUGUGUUUAUUCAAUUUUUUUAAAAUUUCUUCAAUAACGCUAUUGUUGCAUUCACAAAUAAGAAAUAAAGUGCAGUUGUUUUAAGCGAAUUGAUUAAACUACUUCUCAUGUGAAUUUAUAAUUGCUCGUGUUUUUUUACUGGACAAGGGAAUGUAAACUUUUGAGUUUUUGAACUGCCGUGGACCAUCCAUCAACAGCUACACGGUGCUGAAGGACACUGUCCUUGGCUUGGUUAUAGGUCCACGGGCGUAGAUGUAAGUAGUUUUUGUAUUGUUCAGUAUCGGUUGGAUCGUGAGGGGCACUGUGGGAGAAAAAGGACAUGUUCUACCAUGGCAUUUGAAAUGGCAUUUAAUACACACUGAUAUGUUCUGGUCACACUUAUAUGAUUGUUAAGCAUAAGCAUAUUUUUUGAAUUACAGUUUAUUAGAGGUAUCCAGUUAACAUCACUCUUACGCCAUUGGCUACACGUAUGUUAUGGCCAUUAAACUGUUGACUAUAUACUAAAUACCCAUUUUGUGUUGUAAUCAUAUGAAUGGAAUGGAAUUUUCUGCAUUGAAUGUAUGAGCGAUGGAGGACAUAUCAUGUUAAAAUGCAUGAUGCCUGAUUACAUUCCGAGGGUGUAACUUUGUAUGUUUAUUAGCAAUACAAUUAAACUCAGUUGCAAAACCAC